AUGGACGUCAACGCGUCGGUUUAUAACCCGUCGACUAUGGGACUGCAGGGUAUCGGUCCACUCAACAUGAGUGUGUACUACAAUAGCAGCUACCUGGGCUACGCUUACUCAGAGAAGCCGGAUCUGGGCAUGCCGCGUGGUCUGAGCAAUCAAACCUUCCAUGUAGUUAUGUCGGAAACCUCCUCGGCACUUGAGGGUGUGAUCAAUGGUUUCUUGAGUGGCAGGAGCAUCGAAGUGGACAUUCGCGGCGACAACCCGUACUCGACUGAGUAUAUGCAAUUUAAAAAGGCCUUGAGCAUGGUCAAUUUGACUGUGGAAUACGCCGAUGGGCUCGACAAGGUUACGUUCAAUACGUCGUGCGUUUCCAGCUUCUUGGCAGUGCUUGGCUUCUAGUACCUUACACGAAACGUAUCAGGUUGAUAUCGCUUUUAGUAACGUAAAUCCACUUUGUCCCCUGUUAUUUCUGCUGGCGUAGUAUACUAUCGCCACGAUCUACUUGUUGAAGUAAACCAACGUUAGGAUCAAAAGCACGGC